GUGCUUCUUCCCUUCCACCGGCCAUCACGGUGAAGUCUCUCUCUCUCUCUCUCUCUCUCUCUCUCUCUCUUGUGUCUCACUCUGUGGCAGAGCAGAGAACAAUCGACACGAAUUCCCGACUGCCCAUCAACACAAAAAAUCACAGUUUCCAAUUUUCACUUCAGAGGAAAAGAGAGAGAGAGAGAGAGAGAUUACAUCGACGUCUUCGGCUGCAGCUGAGAAGCAUUCAAUGCCAUUCAUUUCGGUCGCUCUCGCGGUUGUGAUACAUUUCCGAGUUGGUUGAACUCUUAAUUUGGUGUAUUCUCUCGGUCUCUUUUUCGCAUUUUGCUUAUAGUACCGAGAAGGGAGAGAGGGAGAGGAAGCUGAAGUUUUAAGAGGCGGCUCUGUCUGUGUUCUGGUUGAGGAUGGGGAGCAUGGAAUUGGGUGGCUCGUCUUCUCCCAGUUCCAAGCCCGAACCGGCUCUUCCGGCGACCACGCCGGAAACGGAGGAAGAGAGGAGGAAGAAGCUCGAGAGGUACUUCGCGGAGAGCGAUCAAAGGACCUUCGGAGGUGGGUCAGUCGGGGGGACGACGCCGGUGGACGUCCACGGCAGGCCAAUCGCGGACCUGUCCAAGACCGGCGGGUGGAUUGCCGCGUUCUUCAUCUUUGGUAACGAGAUGACGGAGAGGAUGGCGUACUUUGGUCUGGCGGUGAACGUGGUGCUCUUCCUAUUCAAGGUGAUGCACCAGCCGUUCACGACCUCGGCGAACGUCGUGAACAACUUUCUGGGAAUCUCCCAGGCUUCGUCGCUCAUCGGCGGGUUCAUCGCCGACGCGUACCUCGGCCGAUAUUGGACGAUCGCCAUCUUCACCACUUUAUAUCUCACUGGCCUGACUGCAAUAACUUUAUGUGCCACAAUGCCCGUAUUUACACCUAGCGAGACUCACUGCGAUCAGCUGUCACUGCUUUUAGGCGUCUGUGAAUCUCCAAAACGCUGGCAGCUUGUUUAUCUUUACACAGUCUUGUACAUAACUGCCUUUGGUGCAGCUGGAAUAAGACCAUGUGUUUCGUCAUUUGGAGCUGAUCAGUUUGAUGAAAGGAGUAAGAACUACAAAAGGCACCUGGAUCGAUUCUUCAACUUCUUCUACCUUUCUGUAACAUUUGGAGCUGUAGCUGCAUUUACAUUGGUUGUCUACAUUCAAAUGCACCAUGGCUGGGGAGCUGCAUUUGGUGUGCUUGCAAUAGCUAUGGGAAUUUCAAAUGUGGUUUUUUUCAUAGGCACACCUCUAUACAGACAUAGAGUACCAGGAGGAAGCCCUUUGACACGUGUUGCGCAAGUGUUAGUGGCUGCCUUUCACAAGAGAAAUGUACCAUUCUCCAACAGCGAAUUGGUUGGUCUAUAUGAAGUUACUGGUAAUCAUUCUGCUGUCAAGGGAAGUUCCAAAAUAGCUCAUACUGAUGACUUCAGGUUUCUGGACAAGGCAGCUCUCAAGACAAAGGAAGAUGGGAAAGAUCCAAAUCCUUGGAGGCUCUGCACUGUUACUCAAGUAGAAGAGGUUAAGAUACUAAUUAAGAUCCUCCCAGUACCAUCCUGCACCAUAAUGCUCGGUGCUGUCCUAACAGAGUUCCUCACCUUGUCAGUCCAGCAAGCAUACACAAUGAAUACUUACUUGGGAAGUCUGAAGCUUCCAGUCACUUGCAUGCCUGUUUUUCCUGGUUUAAGCAUCUUUGCUCUUCUAUCUCUUUACUACACAGCCAUUGUUCCGAUGUGCCGCAGAAUCACAGGUCAUCCUCGAGGGCUUUCACAGCUCCAAAGGGUUGGAAUAGGUCUGGUGCUCUCAAUCCUGUCUGUGUUAUGGGCUGGAAUUUUCGAGAGGUACAGGAGGAACUAUGCAGUCGAGCACGGAUUCGAGUUCAAUUUCUUGAAACCGAUGCCUCAUAUGAGUGCAUAUUGGUUGUUGAUCCAAUAUUGCCUUAUAGGCUUAGCUGAAGUGUUUUGCAUUGUUGGGCUGCUUGAAUUUCUCUACCAGGAGGCCCCUGAUGCCAUGAGAAGCAUCGCUUCUGCAUAUGCAGCUGUAGCUGGGGGCUUAGGCUGUUUUGUAGCCACUAUAAUAAACAACAUUGUUGAAGCUGUUUCUCCAAAGCUGGGAUCCUCUCAAUGGCUAAGUCGAAAUAUAAACUUGGGAAGGUUCGACUACUUUUACUGGUUGCUUACUGUUCUUAGCCUGAUUAAUUUUGGUGUUUUCCUAUAUGCGGCCAAGAAAUACAAAUACAGAUACCGGCCGGAGCUGGAGUCAGAAAAAUUUGAAGUGAAUGGGCAGUAGAAGGUCCUGAAAAUGUUACGUGGGAGCAUACUAGAUGACGGUCAUCUGUAGAUGACAACAGGUAGGCGUUUGAUCGUUUUAAUGGUGCUGGUCAUUUGGGUGUGGAAGGUCGAAUUUGGUGUCGUAUGUAAAUCUCCAAAGAGCAUAUGCUGUAUCUCCCAGUAAGAAGGCUAAUGCAAUUGAUUUAUUUGAAGCAUAUUUUUAUAA